GGUAGGGGACGAGUUGAGUCAGAGACACUGGAGCUGAAGUACAGAGAAGACGCGCGAGUGAGACUUGGAGCAGUGACGGGCAGCAGGAUUACUGUACGGACUGUCGGGAGCACUAUGACACUGGAGGAGCUGGCUGCUGGAGAGCAAAGCAUGGGAAAGAUGGACAUUGUGGGGUCUGCGCUGGAGGAGGUGCUGAGCAAAGCCAAGCUGCAGAGGACCAUCACCAUCGGGGUGUACGAGGCGGCCAAGCUGCUCAACGUGGACCCAGACAAUGUGGUGCUUUGUCUUCUGGCCACGGAUGAGACGGAAGAUCAGGAUGUCGCCUUGCAGAUUCACUUCACUCUGAUCCAGGCGUUUUGCUGCGAGAAUGACAUCAACAUCCUGCGAGUGAGCAACAUGAGCCGGCUGGCCGAGAUCCUGGGCGGCGCUGACAAGGCCGGGGAACCUGCUGAUCUGCAUUGUAUUCUGAUCAACAAUCCACAUGCUUCCCAGCUGAAGGAUCCCGCCAUCAAUCAAGUGAUCAGUUUCUGCAAAGAGAGCCGUUAUUUGGAUCAAUGGGUGCCUGUGAUCAACCUCCCCGAGCGAUGAGCUUUGUCGGACCUCCAUAGGACACUUUCUGUUUUAAAAAUAAUAUAAACAAAAAUACAAAAAGUACUGUUCCCUCCAGAGGACGCUUCCACCCACCUGACAAGUGGACAUGACUGGGCGACUGCUGCCUAUUGUGUUUCAGUGGGAGAAAGGAGAAAAACUGUUUAAAUAUGGAAGAGGAGAUGAGCACGUCUGUUGCGGCACCACCUCACGUUUUGGAGGCGACCGGAUUUUAUUGUUCAGGAGGAGUCGGGGAUUCCCAGAAGUAAAUGGACUCUACGUGUCUGACGUAUUUUAUAUAAGAUGCUAUUUAAUGGAGAAGAAUGGUCGAUAUUUAAAGUUAUCGAUAUGAAAAGUUAAUUUAUUUCUUAAACUUAUUUAUGCAACUUUGUUACCUAUUCGAUGAGUUCACUGAGCUGGUACUGUCUGCUUUUAUAUUCCGAAUGGUUAAGAGAACCAGAUUUUACAUUGUUAUUUUUUUUAAAUAUUUAGUAUUAUUAAAUAAAAUUUUAAAGACAAA